UCAUUGGAGAAAAGAAAGAAGAAAAAAAAAACCAAAACCUAGAAUCCUAUAGUUCUCAAACCAUCCCCAACGAACUGAAUCGAUGCAGGGUCCUUCUCAGAGAUGGGGCUACAUUCGAAUCAUGUCUGGAACAAUCUUCGGAGGCAUCCUCGGAUUCUACGUUAUGCAUCGUGUUGAGAUUAGUUACAAGGAGAAAAUGAAUGAAAGGCUGAGAAAUUAUGAGGCUGAACUGAAAAGAAAGAGGGAAGUGAAACUUAAUGAGUUCGAGAUUGAGGAAUCAUCAAAGUUUUGAACUUUCACUCCAUAUUGUAACGUUUCUCUCUCUGGUUUCAUUUUUUGAGAAAAUUGGAUCUAAUUGUUUCAAUUGCCAUAAGCAGUAGUAGCUUCUGCAUAUAUGGAAUUUUUGAUGGAGUUAUUUUCUAUGAUUUACGGAUAUCAGAAAGACGACAUUGAGCCUGAUAAUAAUUUGAAAAUAAUUGUACUCACAUGUGUUGGUUUCGGACACUGACACAUACAUAAUCUUUUUUUUCAGAGGUUGUUAUUGUUGUUUUUGACUUGUUGAGUUGAGUCAUGCUAUGAGUUUCUUUGGCUUGUUGAGUUGUUUUUUCAUGACUUGAAACAUGAUAUAUGAAUAAAUAUGUCUUGUAGAUUCAAUUAUGAAAAACAAAGUGUCACUAUGGCUAUGUGAAAUCUAGAACCUUAGCAAAUAAAAGGGUAGAAGAGUAUUGGUAGUUUAGAAAAUAGAGAUUAUGGCACUGUUAAAACAAAAAGUUUAAUAAAAUUAAAGAAAGUAGAAGAUUAAAAACUUAUUGAACUUGAAUU